AUGCUCAAGCCUCAUUUUUUAUCAAAUUAUUCCGAACGGAUUCUUUAUGAUGAUGUUGAUGUUAUGAUUGAUGAUAUUGAAAAUGAGAUUCAUCCAGGUUUAACAAGAAAUAGUUUUGUGGCUCUUUAUUAUCUUCUCAAUAAUAUGAUUGGUAUUUCAGGUUAGUUAAGAUUUUCAGAAGAAAAAAUCAAAACUAAAAUUCUUUUCAGGAUCUCUGUUCUACACCGGGUUCCUUUUCGCAAUGCUCUACCGAAAAUCAACAUUCGGAUAUUGUGAUAAAUUAAUGAUGCUUUAUUUGAUCUACCAGAUUCUCACGUUUUCAAGCAAUAUUAUUCUACAAAAGGUAAAGAGUAGCAUUUCUGGAAAGGAUAUAGAAAUAAAAAUAAAAAAUGGUUUCAGAUGUCUUUCCGAGUUGGAAACUAUGAAUAUUAUGCGAUUCAAACCUAUCAAAUGAUUCCCUCAAGUCUUGCUAAUACUCUUGAUCAUUUUUUGAGGAUUCAAUAUGUUUUGUAUUGGUAUCUCAUAAGUGCUAUAUUGGUUUUCAGAAUGCUGACCUUCUCAACUCAAAAGUUAGUUUUUUCUUGGCUGAAACCAGAUAAAUUUAACGAAACUAUGUAUUUCAGUGUUAAAAUCCAUCGUCUCUUCCACAUUUAUUUUAUUCCAUUUUCUGCAUUCACCAUAAUGCUCUUCCUUUUUGGAUCAGUGAGUUUGUAGAUUUCCAUGGAGAAAAAUGUUUCUUGAAAUUUACUAUUUUCAGGCUGCUCAACUGGAAAUUGUGAUGCUCGGGGUCACUUUCAUCAUCUGGUGUACCCAUAGACGUCAUAUGGUUGCACAUUUAUAUUCGCUGGGAUUGUCAAGACGUGAUAUUCUAAAUAGCAAGAAAAUGAAUGUGAUGUACAGUUUACAAUUGAUUUUCUCGAUAUUCUUCAAUUUUGUUAAAUAUGGUUCGGUUUACACGAUUAAUGCAUCGCUGAGAACUCAAGCUCGACAAGAUGUUUAUACUCUUUACUGGGAUCAGGUAGGAUUAAAGGUGGAGUCCGAGCAAAAAUUAAGUUGUGCUCAUUUGAUAGAGCAUGUUUCAAUUAGUACAAUCCUCGAAGGAUUUUUUCUGAAAGCUUCUCUAACAUUAGAGAAACACAGCUCCAAACGGUUGGAUAUAUGGACUUUCAAGCCAUUUUACACGGUGUUUCACUGUUUUUUCGAACUUUGUAAUUUUUUAACCAAUGUUUGAGUAGCUUCCAGAAAAAAUCCUUCGAGGAUUGUACUAAUUAGAACAUGCUCUUUCAAAUGAGCACAACUUAAUUUUUGCUCGGACUCCACCUUUAAACAAAAAAACAAUACUGAUAAUUUCAAAUGUUUGCAGUUUUUCAACAGUAUCAUUUGCCUGAUGUCUGUUUUCAAUGCUUGUAUAUUCCUCUGGGCCACAAAAGAUUAUUUCAAUGGCAAACCAAAACAGACAAAUGUUUUACCAAUUACUGCAACUUAUAACUUGACUGCUGGAAAUUUUUCAAGACGUCCUUCAACAGUUUCGACAUAUUCAAUUAGUGCUAGUCCAGUUCCAAGUAUUUCACCUGUUAAUCCAAAUAUGUUACACCCUUGA